ACAUCCCUUAUACGAGAUGUUGUUUCUUGGAAAACAAAUACCGGCUUCUCCCACGAUGAGGCUUACUUUCACAUUCCUCAACCCCCCCUGCCACGACAUCACCUCCCUCUCCAAAUCAAGUCAAGAUUUCCACGUCAAAACUCGUCGCGAUGAGUCGUUCGGUUAGCAUGAAGUUGUGCCUAGGGUCUCUACUGACGCUGGCUAGCGCUGUAUGCGCCAGCGUGCCGUCCCUCGAAGCGCCGGCAUGUUCCGUGGGGAAGGGCACAAUCCAAUACGACAAAUCCGUGCCUGACAAGGCCGACUUCCCCAAGACUCAGGUUGACAUAUGCUACGACGACACGUCAAUCAACAUCGUUUUCACCGCGCUUGAGGAGACGAAUUUCUACUUCAACGAGAGUCAAUCAACCAACGACGCUAUCUGGGCGUACGAAGUGAUGGAGGGAUUCAUCUAUCACGGGACCAACGACCCCAAGGCUUACCUGGAGUUCGAAGUCAGUCCGAACAAUGUCACCUUCCAGGCCUGGAUCUACAACAAGUCCAAGGUGCGCGCGACGAGCGCUCCGCUGGACACCUCUUUCUUAACUACGCCGGUGGCCGACGGCCUGACGGCCGAGACGACAUUGGACAAGGAAGCGCAGACCUGGGUGUCGGCGGCCAAGGUCCCCCUCGGGCUGUUCAACGUUGAUGACGGGCAGGCGAAGGGGACGUCGUGGAGGAUGAACUUUUUCCGAACUGUCGUAUCCCCGGACACAUUCCCGGACCAACUGCUGGGCGCGUGGAAUCCGACAAACGAAUCCAACUUCCACAUGACGCCUUUCUUCGGCCACGUCAAAUUUAUCUAGGUAAUUAAUGCAGCUGUUACUUUAGGUACCUACAUCUGUUUGCCACCAAAAGCCAAGCGCAAUUUAUAUUACGAUGAAUACCUAUUAUAUAUCAACGUAAAUUGCGGAAUUAUUAUCUUCUCCCUUUUUCUCGUGAACUGGAAUGUGCCGAAUAACCUAUCCUACCUACCUCCUAUACUGGAGACAGGGCUUGCUCGGCAUCCUAUCAAAGCUUGCCUCGAAACUUGUUUUUACCAAAUUCCACGCGCUUCCCUUUUCGGAACCGAGCUGUUAAUAAAGCGACUUAAGUUAUUUCAC